UAAUAAAAUAUGAUUACUGUAGAUCCCUUUUUUACAUCAAGUACAAUAGGUGCUGUUUUGUAUUAACAUGUCUGUUUAUCUUUCUGUGUUUUAGUGUCAGGGAAGAUGAGCUGAAACUGUGACUGUGGUUUUCAGGAACAAGGAGGCUAUUUUAAACCCUUCAUGUAAUGCUGCACUAGGACAGGAUGAUUAAUCUUAUAUCCCUCUUUCAUUUUUUUUUAACCAGCCCACCCACCAGGGAGGGAGACACAGAAACAUUCACAUAGUCAGAUAUUUUCUAAUUAGUAUAAAAUGUUAAACUUUAUAACAGCUUGAUUUGCCAAAUCUUACUUGCAAGGAAUGAGAUAUUCCCAUUUGUCUGCCAGGUUAAGAACUAGAGCAAUGUUAAAACAUCUUUUGAUAUACAGAGGUAUAAAGACAGACAAGAGAUGCUGUUUUUAGACACCAACAGUCAGAGGGCAUCUUUUAUCACCAUAUAUAAUAUAUAUAUUUUUGGAAAUCUAUUAACUUUAAAUAAAUGGAUUUUUGUUAAUUUUCUCAUUUACAAUCAAUAUGUGCGUCACCAUAAGCAUCACUGGAUGAUGGGCACAAACUGAAAUGUUGAGGAGAGACCAGAUACCCCCGUGUGUGUCGUAGCAAUCAUCGCCUGAUUUAAAACCACUCCUGAGUCGCAUUUAACGCCGCCACUUAGUUCCCCUUGCAGAUCGGGAUGUUUUGGCUUGAAUUAGGAGGUUGUAUUAGAGACCGGUGUGGGGUGCCAUUAAAAUAGCAAAACAUGGGGUUUGGGGACGCGGAGUAUCCAUUUCACGUGCCCCUUCGGAGGCGCCACUGGGCCAUUUGAGAAGCUUCUCGUGGGAUCCUAUUAGAGGGCAUCGGUGCUGAAAGCUUCACGGCCUCUCCCAUGAGCAAUGCGCGAUUGCGUGUAGGGUCAUCACUGUACCAUCUGAAAAAUCCCACUGUACAAGCGCGCGCACGACUGUUAUUUCCGGUUCAAGACCCGACAUUAUAAUCUCGAUCUUGCCACCUGUUAGUUCAAAGGGACCGUGCAGGUGUUCAUAGCUGACACUUGGUGUGGAAAACACAAACGUUACCUUUGCCUGUUAGCAAUUAAUUAUAAUGUUAUUUAUUCCAUCCGAUAUUAGUUAAUACAAUACCAACAUAAUAUCAGAUGUAAAAUUAAUAAUCGAAUAUAAAAUAAUAACCAUAAGGCUAAUACUAAUAAUAAUAACAACAAUAAUUAUUAAUAUAUUAUUAUUUUGUGCUUUGUAGAAUUCUGUUUAGUUAAGUAAACAAUCAUAAUCUGUUUUUAAAAAUAUUUCGUUAACAUGUACUCUAAAGUUUCUUGAUUUUGGUUAAAUGUUUAGACCCUUUUGAGAAUUUUGAUAAAAUAGUAAAUAGCCUUCAGAGAGAGCUAGGGGCUGUUAAUUAUUUUGUUAAAUGUUAACUUGUAUACAAUUGAAUAAUAUUUUGUUUAUAUAUUUUUAUUUAUGUAUUUUAAAUAAUAUCUUUGCUGAAACUCUAAACGACUUGAAAAAAUAAAAAAUGUGAUUUACAAUCUCUUUAUUUUGCUUCAUGCAUGCGUAAGAAAGGGAAACAUUACCCCAUUGCACACAGCGUUUAGAAAUGACGUGUUGUGAUUCGAUCACACUUGAGAAGAAAUAUCUGAACAGGUUUUGUAUUAACUUCCCACAAGAAGUACGGAGCAGCGUGCAGGGGGCACGCCCCUAAGCGCCGGAGAUAAAUGGAAAGAUGCUUCAGCGCCUGAGUUACAAGUUACGAUCAUCCUCAGCUCGCGCAUGACGCACGGGACACGCUUCUAUUCCAAAGACAGUUUCGUUAUCUCAAGGUUCGUUUAGAGAACCACAAACUCACAUCUUCCCAGACUUUCUCCUGAGUUCCCCGCAUCUGGUUUAACAUGUCCACCGGUUCCAUCAGCGACGUGGAUGAAUUUCACGAGGCUGAACUGUUGGAUGGUCUUUUGAAAUUCGGUUCCGGUAAAGAUCCCGGGACAUCAAACGAGAGCACAGAGGACAGCUCCAACUGCGAAGGGACCUCGGUUACAGAUUUUACCACAACCACAGGAAAACGGCGCAAAUCAGCACCCAUGCGGAAAUCUGCGCCCAACGGUGUGGCCCAAGAAGGCAAGCCGGGACAGAGGAACGCGGCAAACGCGCGCGAGAGGGCAAGGAUGCGCGUGUUGAGCAAAGCAUUCUCCCGGUUGAAGACGACUUUACCGUGGGUCCCGCCGGACACCAAACUCUCCAAGUUGGACACCUUGCGUCUCGCCUCCAGCUACAUCGCGCACCUGCGACAAAUACUUGCCAAUGACAAAUACGAGAAUGGCUACAUCCAUCCUGUCAACCUGACCUGGCCUUUCAUGGUUGCGGGCAAACCAGAAAAUGAACUUAAAGAAAUGCUCAAUUCAACACGUUUAUGUGGGACUACAGCAUCCUGAGGCACGAAAUGGACUUAAAACAUGGACCAACUUUAAGUAUUUUUAUUAAGACUAAAUAACCACAUCAUCUCCUAUCUAAACACACGAGUGGGAAUACAUGGGGCAACAUCCUCACUCGCAUUCCUGUAAAGAGAAAUUAAUAUCUAUUUAAAUAUUCACACGUAGGCCUUGCUGGUUCAAGGCAAUACAGUGUGGUUUUUAUACAAUUGUUUUAUAUAAAUGCUGUCAUCACUUUGUUUUUAUAUAUAAAAAAUAAAAGAAAAAAUAUAAAUGUAAAAUAGCGUCAAGAACUUAAACCGCCUUUGCUGUCGGCGGUUAAUAGUUAUGGAACAAAUAAAAAUUGCUGAUGUUUUACCUACUUUAUAGUUAUGGAAAUUACAUUUUAUUAUAUA